AUGCCUCAUUCAUAUAGGAGCAGCACUUCAUCUAUUCGUUCCCGCAAAAUGACAGCCUCUUAUAUUGAUGAAGUUGCUAGCAGGGAAGCUUCUCUAGGCUCGACAGAAUAUCGGUUUGCGACCCUGGAGCCAAAUCACAUCGUUGUCGAGGAUGAACCUAUGGACGACGAACGAUGGAGUCGUCUGGCAUUUGCUCUAAGCAUGCCGUGCAAAGAAAUCCGUCGCGCAUAUCCUGAGGCUCGCAGAUUCGCCAUCCAGAUGAAGAAAAGAAGCUCAGGCAUCAACAGUAAACAAGUCUCUGAAAUGCUCCAUCCGCUCAUCCGCUCGAUUGUCAAGCAACACAAGCAAAUCAAAUUCAGGAGUAUGGCACAGUUUCACCGUGAAAGCGUCCCAGACGAAGUCCCGGAUUUCGAAGUUGAGCCCGGAUGGAAAAUGCAGCUUCCUACGCCAAAGCCGGCGUUUACCAUAGGCUACUCUGAGACGGCCUUCAACUCGCAUCAGCUGGAGUUGCAACAAGGCAUCAUUGCAAACAAUCGAAAUGAGCCAUGUGAUCUGCAGAAAGUUUCACAGCCCAUCCCGGAUGUUUACUGGCCGUUCUUUGUCGUCGAGUCGCAGGAUGAGUCAAUGCUAGCCGCACGAAAUGCAUGUGCGGGAUCUGCUGCUACGUGCAACAACGGUUUAAUGAUCUUUGCAGGCGCCGCAGAGGAAGCACGAGACCGAUACAUUGACAUCAAAUUUCUGAACAAGCUCAAUCAAGCCGUGCAAUCUUUCUCUUUGGCGAUCAACGGCAAGACUGCAUGUCUAAACACGCAUAACUCCGAGGGCUGCCUGCCUCAUGCCGUUGCCGCUAUCAGGACAUACCGGCUUGACGACGAAGAUGACAUGGAAGCUCUGGUGUCUCGCAUUCGAAGCAUUUUGGUGUGGGCAGAAAAUUGCAGGUUGGCCUCAAUCGCAGACGUGAUUGAGAAGUUUGAACGACGUGUGCGCUUGGCCAAGGCCCCAGCCACAGUUUCGGGCCAUUGCUAUGAUCCCCUGGAGCUUGCUGACUUUGGAAUGGUGUCACACAGAAGGACGAGCACAAUCAUCAAGAGUGUGCUCGUGGAAGGCUUACCUAAAUGGAUUCGGACCAUU